CUAAAACCUCUAAAACCCCUCGCCACUCUGAAGCCUGAAACGCCCGCGACGUCGGUUAUCUGGCGCUGGUUGCAAAGAUGCAAUCUUUCCGUAGUCAUUUCCUUCGCCACAAGCUCCUCGUUCUCUCUGGAAGCAAGUCCUUUGCGGGUGCUCGAUCUCUCAUUUCUUCCUUUGCGGGUGCUCGACCCCUCAUUUCUUCGCCGGUUCACUUCCGAAGUAGUAGCUUUCAUUCCAGCGAUCGGCGAUGGGAGGAAGAAUCUAGAGAUUCACCUGCAUCCAGCGUGGGCGUGGAGGUGCAUAAGUUUUCGACAUACGUUGAUCCUCUGGAGGGAAAGAUCGUGACAAUGCAAGUUGCAGACGAGAGAGAUGAUAACGGAGGAGAGGCGGAGGUGAACAUCAAUACAGUGGCUGCCGCAAAGGUAAGUAGUGGUAGUAGCAGCCAGGAGUUCAAUAGUCAGGAGACUGACGAAAAUAAGCAGAAUUCCCUAUCCUAUGCUGGUGUAAAGAGAAAGUCGAGGAAGUCGAGGAAGACGAAGUCUACUUGGGUUUGUGAAAAUUGCGGAGAUAUACAAGCACAGUGGUGGCGAACGUGCCCAAACUGCCAAGAGGUAGGUACGUUUAAGUGCUUCGUGGAGUCUGAGGUGAGCAAGUCAAGGGGGGUUGAGAUUUCUGAAGCCCUAGUUAGUUCGUGGCUCCCCCAGGAGUCAAGAAUAAGCACCCCUAUCAGCUUGGCCGAAGUGACAUCAGGCACAGACCAGUCAGAAUGGAGAAUUCCGCUCGAUCGGCGAUGGGAGGAAGAAUCUAGGGAUUCACCUGCAUCCAGCGUGGGCGUGGAGGUGCAUAAGUUUUCGACAUACGUUGAUCCUCUGGAGGGAAAGAUCGUGACAAUGCAAGUUGCAGACGAGAGAGAUGAUAACGGAGGAGAGGCGGAGGUGAGUAUCAAUACAGUGGCUGCCGCAAAGGUAAGUAGUGAUAGUAGCAGCCAGGAGCUCAAUAGUCAGGAGACUGACGAAAAUAAGCAGAAUUCCCUAUCCUAUUCUGGUGUAAAGAGGAAGUCGGGGAAGACGAAGUUUACUUGGGUUUGUGAAAAUUGCGGAGAUAUACAAGCACAGUGGUGGGGAACGUGCCCAAACUGCCAAGAGGUAGGUACGUUUAAGUGCUUCGUGGAGUCUGAGGUGAGCAAGUCAAGGGGGGCUGAGAUUUCUGAAGCCCUAGUUAGUUCGUGGCUCCCCCAGGAGUCAAGAAUAAGCACCCCUAUCAGCUUGGCCGAAGUGACAUCAGGCACAGACCAGUCAGAAUGGAGAAUUCCGCUAGAGGGACACUUUGGAUCUGAGUUCUGUAGGGUUCUUGGUGGUGGUCUCGUGCCAGGCUCCUUAGUUUUAAUUGGUGGCGACCCUGGAGUUGGCAAGAGUACACUACUAUUGCAGAUUGCUGCUAUUUUAGCUCGAGGAUUCAAUCAUGGAGGGCCUGCUCCAGUUGUAUAUGCAUCUGGUGAGGAGAGCAUUGAACAAAUAGGAAACAGGGCACAGCGUAUGAGCAUCACAACCAAGGAUCUUUACUUGUAUUCAAAUACAGACAUUGAGGAUAUAUUGGAAAAAAUAACAAAACUGUCCCCACGGGCUCUUAUUGUCGAUUCUAUUCAGACUGUUUAUUUGAAAGGAGUUACUGGUAGUGCUGGAAAUGUCAUGCAGAUUAAGGAGUGCACAUCGGCCUUACUCCGAUUUGCUAAGCAGACAAAUAUCCCUGUUUUCUUGAGUGGGCAUGUGACAAAAACAGGAGAUAUUGCUGGGCCUCGCAUCUUGGAGCAUAUAGUGGAUGCUGUUUUCUAUAUGGAGGGUGAUAGGUACACAUCUUAUCGGCUAGUGCGCUCUGUGAAGAACCGCUUUGGUUCAACUGAUGAGCUUGGAGUGUUUGAAAUGUCAGACGUUGGCUUGCAAGCUGUCCAAAAUCCAAGUGAAAUAUUCCUAAGUGAAGACUUUUCUGACUCUGAUGUAUUAGUUGGUCGUGCAGUAGCAGUAACCCUUGAUGGUUCUCGAACUUUUUUGAUUGAGAUCCAGGCAUUAUGCGCAUCUGAUUGUUCAGUUAGAAGAUAUUUCAACGGGAUAGGAGACCGUAAAGCUUCUUUGAUGAUUGCUGUCCUUAUUAAACAAGCUGGUCUGAAGCUUCAAGACAAUGUCAUUUUCCUCAAUGUCGUUGGUGGAUUUGAGUUGACAGAGACUGCAGGAGAUCUGGCGAUAGCAGUUGCAAUUUCCAGCAGCUUCUUGGAGUUUCCAAUCCCGAACAAUGUUGCUUUCAUUGGAGAGGUUGGGCUAGGCGGCGAGCUUCGCUCUGUCCCGAGAAUCGACAAGCGAUUAAUGUCUCUUGCCAAACUGGGUUUCAAGAAGUGCAUCAUACCAGAGACAGCCAAUAAAUUGCUCAAGUCCCUGAAUCUGGAUAUCGAAAUCAUCAGCUGCAAAAAUUUGAAAGAAGUCAUCAACGUUGUGUUUAGUAAAGAGUCCUAAUUCCAGCUAUUCGAUACAAAGCUAGAUGUGCGUUUUUUUGCAGAAUCGGAAAGCAUAAUUUUUGAAUACUAUCCCUCUGUAUAGAAGUUUCGAACAUGAUAAACGAAAAACAAGUCCCUGGCAAAAAUGUAUUGCGUGGCAUUAUUCAACGCAAAGGUCCAUGCAUGUUUAUGUUUUA